UAAACUUAAAAAGCAACAACAACAACAACAACAACAACAAAAUCCCUGGCCAAAACACGCCAACCCAACACGACUUUGUUGCUGCGGUUUUCAGUUUUCAGUUGGCAGCGCGAUUUUGAAUGAGUUGUACGCGUCGAGAGUUCGUGCAGUCGUCGCCCACAAAAUCCUAAAUCCCAAAACAGAAACCAGAAAAGUGUUGAGAAUUCGUUUGCGUCUGCCGUGUGCGUGCUCGUGCGUGUUUGUGCGUGUUUAUGCGUAUUUUUUUGUGCAACAAGCGGCAACUGCAAUAUUUUCGAGCUCUGAAGGCUGCACGCUUCAAAUAAUUUUUAACUGGACAUCAACUGGUCAAAAUCGACAACAACAGCAACAAGUACAACAACAUUGGCAGGUUCAAGUGCAACCAGUUGGCAAUUACCAGUUAGCCAGCUCAGCUCCCAACUCCAGGCUCAAAGUCACAAAUUGACUAAGAGACGAAGCAAAAAAAAAAAAAAAUAAUUUCAAAACCAAAAACACAUAAAUAAAUAAAGAUUCCGAAAUACCCCGCGGGCACAGUUCUCCACUCUCGAAGCUGUAUCUGCAUGCGGCCAACUAACUGUAAAAUGCGCUGUGCAAUGGUCAGCGGUAAAUAGUAACAAGUGGAAAUAGCACAAACUUGCAACCUGACAGCAGCAGCAGCAGCAGCAACCAUCAAGCAGCAACCAACAGCUCAAGUCAACAAUUGCAUAAAAAUUUGAAAUUAGAUAUUGGCGGCUGCCUCAAAUUACACAAAUGCUGUUGCUGCCGCCGCCAGAACCAAUGGCAACAACAGUGACAACAGCAGCAGCAACAACUGCAAACAUGCAACAGCAACAUCAACAGCAACAGCAGCAGCAGCAGCAAAGGCCGUUGCGCGGUAUUUCAAUAAUAAUUGAAGCUGAUCAGCAGUCAAACAGCAAUGACAACAACAACAGCAACAUUGCUGAGGACGAAAAGUCGCUCAAGUCACAGCAGCAACUGUUGCUGGCAUUUGGCGACAGUGAUAACAACAACGAUAGCAACAAUUUGCAGCAGAAGCUGCAAGCUGAGCAGGCAGACAGCAAAGUGGAUUUUGAAACUAGUUACAACACAGCAGCAACAACAGCAGCAGCAACAACAACAACAAAAUUAUAUCCACAGCUGUUGUUGCGCAUUGGCCAAACUGAGGCCGAGGUUGAGGCUGUAGCUGCAACUGAGGCGCCAACAGCAACAACAACAACAACAACAACGACGAUUAUCAGUUGCAAUGUUGCCGAUGAUGUUAGAAACGUGUUGCUGCCAGCAGCAGCAGCAGUCGCUGGAGAAAUUGAAGAGAGCAACACCAAUGCUAGUCAGCCAACAUUAGUCGAACACGCAGCAGCAGCAGCAUCGAGUGCAUCGACCGAAACAGAAACUCAAACUCAAGCUCAAACAGUUGCCAACAGCUCGCCGCAGCACACGGUCAAGAUACAAAUCGCUAAUGCGCAAAGCAAACAAGAAGCAACAAACAAACAAUACGGCAAACAAAUAAGCGUUGUCAAGCUGAACGACAGUCAAAGCGACAGCGCGAUGUUGUUGCAGCAGCAGCAGCAGCAGCAACAGCAGCAGCCACAAGCUGCAGCUUAUCAGCUUUGCUAUUUGGUGUCCAGCGGGCAGUAUUCGCCCUGCGAAACGCUCGACAGCGGCACUGGCAGCGAUUUGGAGAGCAAAUCGCCCAGCUCGAGCAGCAGCCAGCAGCCCAAGCUGGAGCUGCAUUUGAAGACAACACGCAUACGCGUUAAUAGCGGCAGCAAGCUCAAAGGCAAGGGCAAUCAUUUGCGCGCUUACAGCUUAACCGACAGCGAGGAGUGCGAGGAUGAGAGCAGCUCGUCGCUCAGCUGCGAUUCGCUGCAUUCGAAUGAGGCAGCGUCGCUUAAGCUCGGCGCCGCUUUGCUGCCCACCUCACUGCUGCGCGACAUACGCGAUCGCGAGCGUGAACGCGAGCGCGACUGCGAACGCUUAAGAACGCGCGCGCGUCAGGAAUCGCUGCGUCCGACGCUCAAGCUGCGCGUCGAGCCGCUGCAAUAUGAAGCCGAUCAGUUCUACAAUUUCCAUAUGAACGAGCAUGCAAACUGUCGCAGCUUUGGCGCCAGCUCGCCGGACUAUGCGCAGUUUGAGAGUGAGCAGCAGGACGAGCGCGAGGAUGCCUUUGCCGGCUACAAGGAUAUGCGACGCAAUGCAAAUGCCGCCGCCGCCGCCGCCGCCGCCGCCGCCAGCUCCACCAUUCGCUCCGCCAAGGGCACAGUGCGUGGCGUCAAGAAUCGUGUGCGCAAUGGAGUAGCCACGUUCUUGCAACUGCAGCAGCCAAAUGUCAAGAGCUACAAGGACAAGGAUUUGGGCAAGGUGGUGCUCUAUACAACCAGCAUGGGCAUCAUACGCGAUACGUACGCCAAGUGCGCCAAUGUGAAGCAAAUUCUGCGCACACUGCUCAUCAAGUUUGAGGAGCGCGAUGUUUUCAUGAGCCUGGAGUAUCAGCAGGAGAUGCGCGAGCGCAUGCAGCAGGACACAAUACGCGUGCCGCAGCUUUUUGUUGAAGGCCAACACAUUGGCGAUGCGGAUACUGUGGAGCGUCUGAACGAAAGCGGCGAACUGCGGCAGCUUUUGCGACCCUACAAAAGCAUUGCCACGGCCUAUACCUGCCAGACCUGCGGUGGCUAUCGCCUGCUGCCGUGCCCCUCUUGCAAUGGCUCCAAGAAGUCGAUGCAUCGAAAUCAUUUCACCGCCGAGUUCAUGGCCCUCAAGUGCAUGAACUGCGAUGAGGUCGGACUGGUCAAGUGUCCCAACUGCUAGAGUCGAAAUUUUUGUUUACCAUAAUAAUUUAUUCUCACUCGCGCAGUUACUCUUGUCUCUCUCUUUUUUUUUUGUGUAUUUUUUUUUUACUGCUUUCUGUAUUCGUAUGUAUCAUUAUUUUUACAAAGCGCAAAUGUAGUCGUUUAUUAUUAACAGUUGUGAUAUUUAAGACAGUUUGUUGCAAGCUAAGCUUAUCGCUUGGCUUGAGAGCAGCUGACGGCGUUGACUUAAAACAAAGCAGUACUGCUGAAUAAUGAACAUACAUACACACACACACACAUACACAUACACAUAUAUAUGUCAAAUCAAAGAUACAUGCAUAUAUUCAAAUAAAGUUAUACAACGACAACAACAUUGCUUGUCCUUUUGCCAAGGCGCCUUCUAUUUCCAUUUAUAGCAGCAAUUGGUAUUAAAAUUGCUAAAUUUGCCAAGCAGCAGCUGCGUCACAUGAAUAAGGAUUAGGAGUCGGGUCAUCCACGCUGAGGACUGCAACAUCAGCAAUUGUCUUGAUUCUA